AUGGCUGCUCCCUUGAACAGUGUGGGCAAGCCCCAAGCUGAACGUUUAUCAUAUAAUAGUACGAGUUUUCAGAAGAAAACAAGAAGUAAAUUAGUCUCUAUACCUGGUACCAGACCUUCGGUUCAAAAUGGACAGCUCUUAGUUUCAACCGGGGUCACGUCACUCGACUAUCUGCUCGGUGGUGGUUUAGCAGUUGGAACAGUGCUUCUCAUUGAGGAGGACCGGUAUGAUAGCUACUCUCGCAUGAUUUUGAAGUACUUUCUGGCAGAAGGAGUGGUGUGUCGACAUGAACUUUUCGUGGCAGCGGCUCAAGAUAACCCUGAUGACAUCUUACAGGAACUGCCUUCACCCAUCUUAGAUGAUGUUGCUAUUCCCAAACCUAUGGAGCAGCCCAGACUGUCUUGUGACCCUCAGGACAGUUUGGAUACAAUGAAGAUUGCCUGGCGCUACCAGAAUCUUCCUAAAGUACAGAGCGCUUUGGCAUCCUCGUCCCGGUUUGGGCACUACUAUGACGUCUCAAAAACCAUGGAUCCAGAAAUUCGCCAAGGAGCCAAGUGCCACCGCUUCCACCCUUCAGAACAGCACGCCCAUUCAUCAAACACACACAGUCCCAUGCUUGAGUCCUAUUCUGCAAUGCUGAAGUCCCUACAGGAGGUCAUACACAGGGAGGGCUUUGACCUUGCUGUCCCUAUGUCAAAGUCGCGCAACAUCCUGCGUGUUGGGCUUCACUCUCUUGGCUCAGCUCUUUGGGGUGAUGAUCUGUGUUGCCAUGACAACCCCAAACACAGACACGCCCUGACUACCUUUCUCUAUGGGUUACGUGCCUUGCUGAGAUCAUCUCUGUCUGUUGCAGUAGUUACUGUACCUUCUCAUCUCAUUCAGGACAGAGCUCUAAUGGGCAGCAUAACCAGGCUGUGUGACAAUGCCAUUGCGUUGGAAUCAUUCAAAGGUUCAGAAAGAGAGGCCAACGCUCUCUACAAAGACUACCAUGGUCUGCUACAUGUACACCAAGUACCUCAACUCAACUGUCUGGCAAGCCAACUCCCCGACCACAAAGACCUGGCGUUUAAGCUCAAGAGAAAACAAUUUACUAUUGAGUUGUGCCUAAUUUAUUAUGAUAAUUACUUUCUGUGCAAAACUUGUGUUCCGUUGUUGGAAUCUGAAACAGCUGAUGAGUGUCAGGAGCAGAAGUCAUGUGACGAUGCCAAAAUUUAA